ACUCAAUCCUGAUUCUGAAAUCAAUUAUUUAUAAAAUUAUCCUUUGCUUUCAAAUGGAUUAGAAUAAAGAAGCAAUAAAACACCUGAAGAACAAGUAACAAAACAUAAAGUAGUCUAUAUAAGUGGAUUUUAGUAAAAAUAAACAAUACAGAAAAUAUAAGUAAUUUUUCGAAUAAGUCCAAAAAAGUUAUAUUUGAGCCCAAAUGUAUUUUGAAUAUUGAUAUUUUCAUAGUAACAUCCAUAUCUUAAUUGGAAAUGAGGAACUUUAGCUAAACUUUAAUGAAUACCUAUCACAAAAUAUGAUUGUGUAAGUUAAUAAAUUAAUAAUAGACAAAAUAGUAAUGCCAGAAU